CAACACACCACAACACAACACAACACACCUAAAAUCAUGGCUAUUCAACAGGUGAGCAGAGUCGGCGGUCCAAACAAGUGUUUCGGUACUUUCCAAAAGGCUCUCGAAUGUAUGACCAACGAAAACACCAAGAGUAACGAUGAAUGUAAGGCAUUCAUUGGUGAUUACGUCGAAUGCAGAAGACACAAGUUAGAAACCUACAAGAUGGUCAUUAUGCAACAACAUUUAGAAAAAGACAGAUCCGACUUGGAUGCUGAGAAAGUGGGUGCCCCAUAUGUCAAAAAGAGAGAUUACUUAACUCCAAAGACACUCGGUUUAGUUGGUGGUGACGACCACGCAAUUUCUACCGUCAAGUUCUAAUUAUUGCUUCUAGCACAAAACUUCUCAUUCCAGGUGUAUAUUCUUCAUUUAUUCUUCCACGGUUAUGAAACUGUUCAUGACCCGUAACCCCACAACUAUUUAUUUAUCUUAUUUAUCUAAUAAAUAUUAAAAAAAUUAUAAAUAUAAAACAAGGAAAAUCGAAAACCA